GUUCACGCGAGCUUCUUCGAGCGCGAGGCGUACCUUAUCUCCCAGUGUAACGGGAAGUAGUGCGUUCUAGAACGCAUUACGACGGCUUACUGUCACUUUUAUAACUUUCCUUGGACUAACAUUUCUUCUUCUUUUUUUUGAUACCGUGGGGUUCUUUUAAAGCUGUUGGAGAACCGUACCGAAAAGGACGACAAGUUGCCUGAAGGAAAAGCGGAUUAAAGUUCGUUCAAGUCACGAGUAAUUUAGCUAAGCUAGCUAGUUAGCCGAGUGAGCAUGCUAACGCUAAUGAAGCACUGACAUGUAACAUUUUUUUUAAACAGCAUAUGUUAUGGUAAUGGGUUUUAGAAAUUUACAGAAAAAUUCGAGUAACGUUAUUUAGUGUUUUUUUUUUUUGGUAACAUUAUAUAGACCGACAGGCUGUAUAGAAAACUAAGAAAUGUUUGUUGAACAGGAAGUGAGGUAGGUAAAUUGGAUUAAAAAAGGUCAAAACUGUAGUAUUUAUCUUUGUAUUAUUAUUAUUAUUAUUAUUAUUAUUAUUAUUAUUAUUAUUAUUUAGCAAUUUCCUUGCAAACACUGGAUUUUCUUUUCUUUUUCUUGAUUGUACAGUGCCAAAUCAAGCGAGGUGUAUGUAGAUGUAGUAUUUAUUUUGAUGUAGCCGCUUUAUUUAGUUAGAUAUUACUCUGUAAUUUACAUCAACACAUAGCUAGCUAGACUUAGAGUAACAGGUCUUGCUUAAUCGCCUUUUGCUUUUUUCGUUUUUUUUUUUUUUUUUUUUUUUUAAAUUUAUUUAAAGAUGCGCGAUCCAAAUGUGAAUUUUAAUUUCCUCCAUAAGACCUGCACUCUUGUUGUGCUCCUUUGCUUCCUGCACAUCUUUGUCACUGUAGUUUAUUAUGUCAGAUCGCUGGACUUCACACAAUCAUUUGUACAAAACCAGCAACAAAUCCACCAGGUCCAGAGGAAACUGGAAGCGCACACAGGAAGCACCGAAGAACCAAAUACAAGCAGCACUUUAGCUUCUAACAGCACUGUUAAAGAGAAAGAGCUGGAAAAAUGCCCUGAUCCGUCUCCUUUGCUUGUGGGUCCACUCCGAGUCGAGUUUUCCACUCCAGUGAGCCUUGAUCAGGUGAGGAAUGAGAACCCAGCGCUGCAGGAGGGAGGACGCUUCAAACCCAAAGAUUGCGUAGCUCUGCAGAAAGUGGCCAUCAUCAUCCCCUUCCGAAAGCGAGACGAGCACCUCAAAUUCUGGUUGUAUUACCUGCACCCGAUCCUGCAGCGGCAGCAGCUCGACUACGGUGUCUACGUCAUCAACCAGGAUGGAGAAGAGACGUUUAACCGGGCCAAACUGCUCAAUGUUGGCUACGCUGAGGCCCUGAAGGAAUACGACUACGAAUGCUUCGUAUUCAGCGACGUUGACCUCAUUCCCAUGGACGACCGAAACACAUACAAAUGCUUCAGUCAGCCAAGACACCUGUCUGUCUCCAUGGACAAAUUCGGCUUCAGACUUCCAUAUAACCAGUACUUUGGUGGUGUGUCAUCCCUAAGCAAGGAGCAGUACCUGAAGAUUAACGGCUUUCCAAAUAACUACUGGGGCUGGGGAGGCGAGGAUGAUGAUAUUUUCAACAGGCUGAGCUCCAAAGGGAUGUCCAUAUCCAGACCCAGCGGUGUAAUUGGAAACUGCAGGAUGAUCCGUCAUGAACGGGACAAACAGAACGACCCAAAUCCCCAGAGGUUUGACCGAAUAGCACACACCAGAGAGACCAUGCACAGAGAUGGCAUCAACUCGUUGUCCUAUAAAGUGGUGAGAGUGGAGAAGGACCAGCUGUUUACCAAAAUCACAGUUGAUGUCGGCAAACCAUAAAACUGACGCAUUUUACAAGAACGAACUCCUAAAAGAUUUUUAAACUAUCAGGAAAACGAUGCAGUAUCCAAAUGUGCCUUGACAUUCUAAGUCGCAUAUACCUUCAAUUUUUUUUUUUUUUUUUUUUUUAAAUAAUCUUUUCGAAGUGAAUUCUAUAUUUUUAAAAGACAUUGGAAAUUUAUAUGCCAUCUUUGCACAAGUGAUGGUGAACUGAAAGAAAGUGUAUAUGUGAAUCGAGGUCAUAGUGGUGUGUGUUUGAGGAUUUUUCCUUUUCUAAAGCGCUCUUUACUGGGAUAUUAGAGCAUCUCUUGAGCCACAGUGGAUGCAACUUGCCAAGCAAGGCAUUAUGUAAAGAAUGUAUGCUGCAGUGUGUGUGUGCGUGUGUGUGUGUGUGUAUGUAUGUGUGUCUAUGUUCUCUUUUUCAGCUUUGCCUUAUAUCACAUCUUUAGACAUGAUGAUUUAGAUAGGAGUUUGUGCUGGACUUGCUAAAAUUCCAAGUCAUGCAAAAAGUUUAAGCCUUCUUAAAAUCCUCAUUCCACUUUUAUGGCCAGAAACCAAAAAGAAGACUUGUGGGGUUUUUUUUCUGAAUGUAUUCUUGGUGCUUUACUCUUUGACUGUAAAGAAAUCUAACACUCUGAGGUAGAGGUAGGUAAUUUAGGCAAAGAUAAUUGUAAUAUCCCCAUUCCUUUCAUAAUACAUAUUAAAAAUGUAAAAAGUCUAUAGUCUGUUUUUGGGGAAAAAUCAUUUCAGUGUUUAAAAAAAAAAAAGGCAUUUAAUAUUGGAGGAAUAGCAUACAACAAGAAAUGAAUGAGAAAUACAUAAUAGGCUUAAGUCCAACAAUACAGUACAUGCAGUAUCAAAAGUGCCAACAUAUAUGGUUUAUCUGUAGCAUUCAUGAUUCUUGACACUUUACUCUGGUGAUAUGGGAGACACCUUAAAACACCCUAAAAAAAGAUUUUCUGCUUUCUCAGCAAUAACAAAGGCAAUUCACUGAAGGGAAAUGACAUGAGAUUUGGAAAAAUUGUAAAUUUUUUCUUGCUGUGGUUACUUUCACUUUUUACAACUUUUUCUAGCUGAAUUUGAGCUUUGAAGUUACGAGCCUCAAUCUUGAGACAUUAGAAAGCAAAUGGGCAGGUUUGUGGUCUCUUUGGUCGGUAAAAAGUGGAGGAGCUCCUUAUUAUUAAGUAUCACACACAUUGAAUCUGUUUGGAUGAAUUCCAAAAUCUAAUCAGUUCAUCAAUUCCGUAUAAAUUCUGCAAAAAUUCAACCACUCAGUCAUGAGACAUUGUUCUAAGGAGAAUCUCCUACACACAGACACAUGCAAACAACAUAUGCUAGGGUUUUUGUGGUAAAUUUUUUUUAAAGGACUUACUUAUUAGCGAUGUUGGCACCUCUUCAAUGCCCAUAAUUUACUUCAGAUCACAAACAGAUAAUGAUGUUUAUUGCAACAACAAAUCAUCCACCUCUACUCUAAGGUUGUGGUUAUCUCAGAAGAUUAAAAAGCAUAGCAUGUUAUAAUUUAUUACAUAUCUGAAUAUAAGUUUGGUUUGGGGAAAACCCAUAUUAAUGUAGGAUAGCUGGCCAUAUGUCUGCAUUUUCUGUUUUAUUUGUUUGCUUAUUUUCCCAUGAGCCACAAGCAAGAUAUAAUUAAUAUAUUAAGAUGCCUUUUGUUAUUUUGGGUGAUAACUGACGUAUCUGGGUUUAUGGAAAAAUAUGUCCAUUUCUGGUUUGCGCUUAAUUUGUUUCAUAGCCUUUUUUAUUUUUCAGGGUUUAAAAACUGAAAAAGUUCAAUACAUGAUUUUCUUUCUGCUUCUGUACUUCCUUAGAAGGUUCAUCUUGUAUGGUGAAAUGUUUUGUGGACUAGUGUGCUAUCAGAAAGCAGACAUGCAUUUAUUUGUUGUGAGAGGAAAACAAAGCCAUCAAAAAUUUCAGUAGCUUUUUUAUCUUUCAAAAGAUGGAUAUGAGAUGAGAGAUUGGGAUUGAAGCUUUUAUUUCCUGGUAUUCUGGUAUCUAAAUCUGUUAAACAACAUAAUACAUAGAACCUUUUGUAUCAGACCAUCCAAUUUUUUAGGUGAGCAAAUGUAAAUGAACAGAUAAUUAAAUUAAAUUGAACUAAAUUUGUUAACAUCACUUAAUAUUUGGUUGCAUAUCCCUUACAAUAACUGCAUCAACCCUGUGACCCAUUGACAACACCAAAUUGUUGGUUUCUUCUUUUGGGAUGCUUUUCUGGAAAUAAUGCCAUAUUCACAGGUGAAACUUCAGGCUAAAACCAAGAGUAAAUGUUUUCUUUCUGCUUCUGUACUUCCUUAUGACGUUCAUCUUGUAUAGUGAAAUGUUCUUUGGACCAGUGUGCUAUUUAUUGUUUAAACGGUCAAUCUUAACAGGACACACCUGGGUAACAAGAAACACCUGUCAGUCAUGUGUUCCAAUAUUUGCUCACCUACAAAUUGGGUGGUCUGAUACAAGAUGUGCUAUAUUCUAUGAUUAACAUGUCUACCGUCUACAUAUAAAUACCAGGAAAUAAAAGGUGAAAUUCUCAUAUUCAUGUUUUGAUCUCAAACCCAAAUGUUUUCAGUGUACAGCAAAAACAAAUGAAUCAGCCUUGCUGUUCCAAUAGUUUUGGAGGGAACUGUACUGAGCAGCUUUCCGGGUGUUUUCCCAGCUGUGUACAUAAUUUACAGAUUAUUUAAGUCCUGCAACUGAGCGCAAGACACUUUCUUCCUUUCCAAUCCAUCCCCCCACCUCACGACUCUUCUUUCCAGUACUCCCCAAACCCCAGUGACUUCAUCAGCAUUUUCUGUGAAAGUACUCCCAUGCCUCCUAAACUUUCCGUUCUCCUCUUUCUCCUGUCAAGCAAUGUUGCCAUAAUCAGGCAGUCAUCUACAUUUUCUAUCUAUUUGGACAAUGACCCUUGAUCAGAGAACCAGCACAUAGUUUUGGGGUUGGAUUUUUUCCCCCUUAAUCAUUUUUACAAACACUGUCUGUCUUCAUUCUCUCUUUUUUUGUGUGUGUUUGUCAUGCUUUAUUUCGACAUACAAAGAUACAACAAUUUUUCUUGAUUUCUGAUUUUUGUUUUUCAUAUUGUAUUGCUGAAGAUAAAUACAGUUCUGAUCUUUAAGAAUUAAAUUCUGAUUUAUUGUAUCCCUGA